UUUUACCUCGUGGCGAAAAAAAAAAAAAAAAAAAAAAACUUUUUAUUUAUUAUAAAUAAAGACGUAUCUUUAAUAAAAAUUUUAACUUAAUAAUAUGGCUGUAACACUUCCAGAAAUAAAGAAACUUUUAAAAGAAAUGUUCAAAGAAUUUAAAAAGGAAACGGAAGAAAUGUUUCAAAAGCAAGAAAAAGCAGUUCUCGAUAUUAUUGGCGCUAACAUCAAAAUAAUAAACGAUAGAUUUGAAAAAGUAGAGAAAAAUGUUGAUGGAAAUGCAAAUUGUAUAAAAAAAUUAACAAAAGAAUUAGAAGAUAUAAAGGUAAGCCUUAAUUUUAAUGAAGGACUUAUUGACGAAAAAAUAGUUACUAACAACAAAUAUCUAGAUAAAAAAAUGGAACAUACAAAAAUAGAUAAUGUAUUAAAAGAAAAACAACGAAACUUAGAAGAUCGAUCGCGCCGAAACAAUCUUAGGAUUGAAGGAAUUUACGAGAAUGAUAAAGAAUCAUGGGGGGAUACAGAAAAAAAAGUCCAAACAUUCUUCACCGAAAAACUUGGACUAAAAGAUGUUGAAAUUGAAAGAGCUCACCGCACUGGACAAAAAAACGAUGGACGACCAAGGAUUAUAAUAUUAAAUUUUCAGAAAUAUAAAGACAAAAUAAGAAUAUUGAAGGAAUUGUAUCGACUCAAAGGCACAAAUACGUUCGUGAACGAAGAGUUUUCUCGAGAAACCGUCGCUAUUCGAAAAAAAUUGUUCGCUGAAGUGAAAGAAAGGCGAUUGAAUGGUGAAAGUGUUACGGUAAGGUAUGACAAAAUUGUUUAUAUUAAAACUUCUUUUAAAAACAAUUUUAACGAAUAAUUUUAUGGGCAUCCCUAAAAAGAAAUCUUAAAUA